UACCUAAGGUUUAAAUGGACAUUAUAAAGGACCUGACGUGGUUUCAAGAUUUGAUUUCAUCAUAUCCCCCAUAUCAAUGUCUUCGAUUGCGUUUCUUCAUCCUGACCUUGGAAUCGGUGGAGCCGAAAGAUUGAUUGUUGAUCUAGCUUUGGCUCUGAAAGAUUGUGGCCAUUCUUUAGUCAUAUUCACUUCUCAUCAUGAUCGAAAUCAUUGUUUUGAAGAAACCAAUAAUGGUCAGAUACCUGUGUUAACCGCUGGUGAUUGGAUACCACGAUCUACAUUCGGAUUGUUCAUGGCUUUUUGGGCAUAUAUCCGCAUGAUUUAUUUAACCAUCUAUUUAAUCUUAAAUUAUCGAUUUGAUUUGAUCAUCUGUGAUCAAGUUCCCAGUGGUGUUCCAAUAUUGAAAGCUUUCAAACAUAAAUGCCUUUUUUACUGUCAUUUUCCUGAUCAACUAUUAUCCAAACACGAUUCUUUUUUAAAGAAAAUUUAUCGUUUUCCCAUCGAUUAUUUUGAAGAAUGGGCCAUUGGUUUUUCGGACAUGAUUUUGGUCAAUUCUUAUUUCACCGAUGAAGUAUUCCAUAAAACAUUUAAAUCAUUAGCCAAUGUAUCAACCAAAGUUCUUUAUCCAGUUGUUAAUUUUGCCGAAUCAGCUCAAGAAAAAAUACCCGGAACUUUAAACGCUAAAUUUAAAAAUGUGGCCACAAUUUUUCUUUCUAUAAAUCGUUAUGAGAAAAAGAAAAACAUUGCGCUUGCAAUCGAAGCCUUGAAAGCUCUUUACGAUAAAUUUGAUUACGUGGAAGAAAAGGAUCGAUCUCGAAUACAUUUAAUUAUUGCUGGUGGAUAUGAUCUUCAAAAUAUAGAAAAUCUUGAGUAUGCUGAAGAAUUGAAUCAGCUGGCGAAAAAAUUACGAAUUAAAUCCCACGUGACAUUCAUGAAAAAUUUGACCGGUGAACAAAAACAAUUUCUUUUACAAAAUUGUACAGCUGUCAUUUAUACGCCCGAAAAUGAACAUUUCGGUAUUGUACCAUUAGAAGCUAUGUAUAUGAAUCGCCCAGUAAUUGCAGCUAAUUGUGGUGGACCACGUGAAACAAUCAUUAACAAUGAAACCGGAUUCUUAUGCGAACCUAAUUCGGCCGAUUCAUUUGCCGAAGCAAUGCAUCAAUUUAUCAAAGAUAAAACUCUUUCCAAUCAAAUGGGAUCAAGAGGCCAUCAUCAUGUGGUUGAAAAAUUCAAUUAUCAAAAAUUUAAAAAUGAACUAAACAAAAUUGUGAACGAUUUAAUAAAUCAAAAUGAAUAAUUUUUCUUUUAUUUUCUACUUA